AUGGACACCGCCCACAAGCAGGAGUACAAGGUCCGUGACCUGACGACACGCUCCGUCACCCUCUUUCCCUCGCGCGCCCAAGUCGUGCGCGAGCUCAAAGACGUCUCCCUUAAGCCCGGCGUCAACGAGAUCACCGUCAUCGGUCUCACGCCCACCGUCGACGAACACUCCAUCAAGGUUGAAGGCACCGGUCUCGCCGUCAUCUCCAACAUCACCGUUGAGCUCCAGUCCAAUCGAGACAUCUACGAGGACAUUUACCCCGACUCCGACAAUGACAGCGACGAAACCUCAGACGAAGAACAGAUUCUAGAUCCCAACGCCUCCCAGGAGGAUGCCGCAGAGCUUCAACAGGUCCGCCAGCAACUCGUGGCCCUGCGCGAUGAACAGACCCGCGCCAAGGAAUCGCUGGCCAGUGCCGAGAACCGUCUCAAGAUCCUCGACGCCUACGGCAAACACAUGGCGGAGGAGGAUGGCACCGACAUUGUGGGAAGUCUGGACAAAUACCGGACCGAGCGCGAAAAGGUCUUUGACGACCACAUGACCGGUGUCAAGGAAUCCCGCGACAUUCUUCUCCGCAUUGAGGAAGCCACCAAGGUCGAGACUCGCCUCGUCGCCGAAGCCGCCAAGGCCCAGCGCAAGGCCGUCAAGGCCUGGCUCAAGGCGCAAAAGACGAAACAGACUGAGCAGACCAAGAAGGACAGGCGCAAGGCCGAGCAGCAGAAGGAGAAGGCCCGCGUCCGCACCGAGCGCGAGAAGUUUUGGCCACGCCAGUGCUACGCCGUCUGCAUCACCCUCGACGCCACCGCCUUCACCCCCAUGUCGUCGCGGCGCAACUCCGUCUCCAGCGACCUCGUCAAGGUGCCCGUUGCGGGGUCGGAUGACGCCGUCGACCCCUCCCAGUUGACGUGCGACCUUGUGCUGAGCUAUGUCACGACGGCCGCUUUCUGGUCCCCCAGCUAUGAUCUCCAGCUUUCGACGACGACCAACACAGCCACCCUCUGCUUCGACGCCCAGCUCACCAACAAGACGUCCGAGACCUGGAGCAACUGCAAGAUUGUCCUCUCGACGUCCCAGGCCUCCUUCUCCGGCAUUGCCGAUGCCAUUCCCACCCUCGCGCCCUGGCGCAUCAAGCUCGCCACCCGGGGCACCGUCAGAGACAACACGGCCCUGCUGGCGAGCCGCGAAGAACUCCGCGAAAAGGAGUCGUGGCAAGCACAGCGCAAACAGCUGCCCCCGCAGCAAUCGCGCAAUACCCUCUUUGGCCGACCACAGCAGAAUCCAUGGGGAGCAAACCAUGGCUGGUCAGGACAGCCGCAGCAGCAAAUGCAGCAGCAAAUGCAACAUCAGAGUCUGCAGAGCACUGCCGCCGAAGUGUUCGGUGCUCCCGAGGAGGUUCUCCGGAAGAAGGCAGCCAAGUCAGGCAACAUGAUGGCUGUCGCCUCAUCCUCGUUUGCACCCAACGCUCGCUCUGCUUUCCCUCCGCCGCCUGCCCCGAGCGCUGCCGCUCCCGGUGGCGGUUCAGCGCUACAUGCAGGCGCGGCCACGAGCGGAGGGCUGUUUAGUGUGGGCGGAGGCGGAUUCGGGAGCCACGCGAGCCGAGGCGGCGGACUGUUUGCUUCUAAGCCAGACCUGGCCGAUGACGAGACCGAGGUGAACGUUGAUGUCGAACCCGAGCUCGAUUUCGAAGAGUCCGCCAUGGAGGAGACAGGCCUCACGACGACCUAUGACCUCUCCAACUCGAAGACGCUGGCCCCACGCUCGACAGCGUCUAAGCAGCGCGUCGUCCGCCUCACGCUGCCGGACGUCGUUUUCAGUCACACCGUCGUCGCCAAGUACCGACCCGUUGCCUACCUCAAGGCGCGCCUCCGCAACAUCAGCAAGAUGACACUGCUGCGCGGGCCCACGGGCCUGACCCUCGACGGCGCCUUCAUGGGCCGCACCAACCUGCCGCGCUGCAGCCCUGGCGACUCCUUCAGCCUGUCGCUCGGCGUCGAUCCCGCCGUCAAGGUCCUGUACCCGAAGCCCGAGGUUCGCCGCGGCACCACGGGCAUCUUCAAGGUCGAGAACAGCGGCGUCUACACGCGCGCCAUCACCCUCAUCAACACGCGCAGCUCGACCGGCGGCGGCAAGGCCAUCAGGCUGCUCGUGCAUGACCAGAUUCCCGUGUCGGAAGACGAGCGUCUCAAGGUCGAGAUCCUGCAGCCGAAGGGUCUCUCCGUCGGCGGGGGUGGCGUCGGCGCUGGCGCGCCUACGCGUGAUGGCAAGGAGGACAGGGACUGGGGUACCGCCGUCGCGUCGCUCAAGAAGGAAGGCGAGGUCAGCUGGGAUGUCAGCCUCAAGGCCGGCCGCGGCGUCCGACUCGGCCUGGAGUAUGUGGUUGCGUUGCCGGGUGGGGAGCACGCCGUGCAGUGUCAGGAAGUCGGCAAGACGUGGACGCAGAUGAACGAGUGA